AUGCGGUGGAAGGCGCGCCUGCGAGGCAAGCGGAAGGAGUACCUGCUGACGCUCACCCGUAAUGAGGCACUGACGGCAGCAUUCGAUGGCUUGCUGGACAUCCCAGGUCUCUGGGGCAGGAUGAAGAUCAUACAGGAACUUUUACACUACCUCCACCGCAUCAAGCAGGUCUGGUCCGAUCUUGUACGUGGCAAUAAGGCUGCUAUGGGGAAGAUUGAUCAAGCGACAUUCCUCCGCAUUCGAGUGCAUGGGGGAGAGGUAUUCAGCGCUUUUGACGACAGCGAGCGCGACGAUAUCUGGAGCCAGCUAAAGUGCGUUGAGGGCCUAAUUCCAUCUCAAGACAUUGGGUACUUGGAGCGCCUCGCCAACUGUGUCAAGCAGCUAACGGGUGACAAUGUCCAGAUCUCUCAUGCCUUCAAGCAACUAUUCUCCCCUGUUGAUCAAGAGGACGGCCGCGUUCAGAUCAUGGAUGGCCAGGCUAAGAUUCAGGUCGCCGAGAAUGCUUUUUUGUAUGGGCAGGGGAUGCGCGGAGACCAAGUCGAUCUCAGGUACCAGCAGAUCAUUGCGUAUGCCAUGCAGCACUUCGCAGAUAUGCCAAAGGAACCAGUGAAGGAGGGCUGCGUGAUGCAGCCUGCAGUGAUGGCAGAUCGGGCCGUCCUCCGCCGCUUUGCUGACUUGGCAGACCAGCUGGGGUUUACUGUCCCAGGAUAA